ACCCCACUGCUAGUGUGUUCCUCAUUCACCAGCUCUUCGUCACCUGACCGAGCGCCAUGCAAAUCGCUCUGUUUCUAGAACGCGAUUGGCCGCUCGUGGCUCAUUUAAUGCUGUCAAGGCGCGUCAGACGGCUGCGGCUUUAACAAACUUCUCAACUCCGUCAGAGAAAGUGGCUCUAUUGCGCAUUCUGUCAGCGUGGAUUGUGAACCAACAACCGGAGAAGACAUAAAGCACCCACAAGGAAAACAUUUCAGCAACUUCCUCAUCCUUGGAUUAUGAAUUAAGUUUGCAUUUCACAAUUUUCUGGGCGUAGGAUUGUUUCCGCGUGUGCACCUGCUCUGCCGGACUCGGGUGCCGACUGAACCAGACUUUUUUUCUUUGUUGGUUGAAAGUUUGUAAACCAGGUGAAUGUAUAGCAUGAUGAUGGAGACGGACCUCCAUUCCCCUGGACCCCAAACGAACACAAAUUCGGGUCAAACGGGGCCGAACAGUGGGUCCAAAGCGAAUCAGGACCGGGUGAAGCGUCCGAUGAACGCGUUCAUGGUGUGGUCCCGCGGACAACGCAGAAAGAUGGCUCAGGAGAACCCCAAAAUGCACAACUCUGAGAUCAGCAAGCGGCUUGGCGCCGAAUGGAAAGUGAUGUCCGAGGCAGAAAAGAGACCUUUUAUCGAUGAGGCGAAGCGGUUACGAGCUAUGCACAUGAAGGAGCACCCGGAUUACAAGUACCGACCGAGACGAAAGACCAAGACGCUGAUGAAAAAGGACAAAUACUCUUUGGCCGGUGGCCUACUCUCUGGGGGCAGCGGUGGCGCAGGAAUGGGUCUUGGGGCCGGGAUGGGUUCAUCCGGUGUUGGCCAGCGGUUAGAGAGCCCGGGCGGGCAUGGAGGCUCCUCAAGCUCUGGCUACGCGCACAUGAACGGCUGGGCGAACGGUGCGUACUCUGGGCAGGUUGCUGCAGCCGCUGCGGCCGCGGCGAUGAUGCAGGAGGCGCAACUAGCUUAUAGCCAGCAUCCAGGCAGUGGCCACCACCACCACUCACACCACCACCACCCGCACAACCCCCAGCCCAUGCACCGCUACGACAUGACGGCGCUCCAGUACAGCCCCAUCUCGAACUCUCAGGGCUAUAUGAGCGCCUCCCCGUCCGGCUACGGCGGGAUCACCUAUACACAGCACCAGAGCUCUGGCGUCUCCUCCUCGGCUGCCAUGGGCACGCUAGGGUCGCUGGUGAAGUCAGAGCCGAGCAGUAUCCAGUAUGAUGAGUGUCAUGGAGGAAUGUCCCUGGAUCACCAUGGAGACCUGUGAUUGACAGACAGGCGCUGGUCUGGCCGGCUGGCAGUCCGUCAUUACGAUAAGCGCCAGUGGAUUUGCGAUGCAGGGCGAAAGUACCGUACAGAAAAUGUCAUUGACCAUCAGGGCUCCUAGACAGGCUUCCUGUCCUCCCCCAAGCACCUCCCCUAAUGUCACCUAAUGUCACCUAAUGUCACCUAAUGUCACCUAAUGUCCAUACUUGUCAUCUAAACCACUGGUUCUCAAACUAUGGUACGUGUACCCCUGGUGGUACGCGGUGCUCCCUUUAGUUGAUAUUUAUUCAGUGAGGUGGUAUGCAAAGUAAGAUCUCUGAGAAUCAUUGAUCUAAACCAUCUCCCAUCUUAGAACCCUGACUCACCCUCUUAUCUUAGAACCCUGACUCACCCUCCCAUCUUAGAACCCUGACUCACCCUCCUAUCUUAGUCCCCUGACUCACCCUCUUAUCUUAUAACCCUGACUCACCCUCCUAUCUUAAUAUCCUGACUCACCCUCUUAUCUUAGUCCCCUGACUCACCCUCCCAUCUUAGUCCCCUGACUCACCCUCCCAUCUUAGAACCCUGACUCACCCUCCUAUCUUAGUAUCCUGACUCACCUUCCUAUCUUAGUCCCCUGACUCACCCUCUAAUCUUAGUCCCCUUACUCACCCUCUUAUCUUAGAACCCUGACUCACCCUCCUAUCUUAGUCCCCUGACUCACCCUCUUAUCUUAUAACCCUGACUCACCCUCCUAUCUUAGUCCUCUGACUCACCCUCCUAUCUUAGUAUCCUGACUCACCUUCCCAUCUUAGUCCCCUGACUCACCCUCUUAUCUUAGAACCCUGAUUCACCCUCCUAUCUUAGUCCCCUGACUCACCCUCCUAUCUUAGUCCUCUGACUCACCCUCCUAUCUUAGUAUCCUGACUCACCUUCCCAUCUUAGUCCCCUGACUCACCCUCCUAUCUUAGAACCCUGACUCACCCUCCUAUCUUAGUAUCCUGACUCACCCUCUUAUCUUAGAACCCAGACUCACCCUCCUAUCUUAGUCCCCUGACUCACCCUCCAAUCUUAGUCCCCUGACUCACCCUUCUAUUUUAGCCCCCUUACUCACCCUCCUAUUUUAGUACCCUGACUCACCCUCUAAUCUUAGUACCCUGACUCACCCUCCUAUCUUAGUCCCCUGGCUCAGCCUCCUCUCUUAGUACCCUGACUCGCCCUCUAAUCUUAGUAUCCUAACUCGUCCUCUAAUCUUAGUACCCUGACUCGCCCUCUAAUCUUAGUACCCUGACUCGCCCUCUAAUUUUAGUACCCUGACUCACCCUCCUAUUUUAGUCCCCUGACUCACCCUCCUAUCUUAGUCCUCUGACUCACCCUCCUAUCUUAGUAUCCUGACUCACCCUCCUAUCUUAGUCCCCUGACUCACCCUCCUAUCUUAGUCCCCUGACUCACCCUCCUAUCUUAGUCCCCUGACUCACCCUCCUAUCUUAGUCCCCUGACUCGCUCUCCUAUCUUAGUACCCUGACAUACCCUCCAAUCUUAGUCCCCUGACUCACCCUCCUAUUUUAGUCCCCUGACUCACCCUCCUAUUUUAGUACCCUGACUCACCCUCCUAUCUUAGUCCUCUGACUCACCCUCCUAUUUUAGUCCCCUGACUCACCCUCCUAUCUUAGUCCCCUGGCUCACCCUCCUCUCUUAGUACUCUGACUCGCCCUCUAAUCUUAGUACCCUGACUCGCCCUCUAAUCUUAG